AUGAUCAUGUAUAAUCCUGAUAAAUCUGUCUUGAUUUUGUGUCUAAAGAAUAGUGAAAGUUAUAUCAUCAAAUCAUCUGUUGCCAAAAUAAGUUCAAAAGCAUUCCAGUCUAUCUCAGAUCUUAAAAGUAUCAAUUUCGAGUCUACGAGUAAAUUAGUAACGAUUGAAUCUGAAGCAUUCAGAGAUGAUGCAUUGUUGUCGGCUUUUGAACUUCCUUCUUCUGUCAAAACAAUCGGUUCUUCGGCAUUUUUUGGUUGUAAAUCACUUCAAUCCAUUUCAUUCGGAAACUCUAUAUCAACUAUUGAUUCUUUAAGUUUCCAAGAUUGUGAAUCAUUAAGAAGAGUUAUCUUUGUUAGUUGUUUUAGUACAACAAUUGGAGAGAGUGCAUUCAGUGGAUGCACUAAACUUAAUUUCUUGUCACUGAGUAAUAAUGUUACUCGUAUUGAAAAGAAUUGUUUCAGUGGAUGCACAAGUCUUACUGAAGUUGUAUUUCCAACAUCACUAGAGUUUAUCGGAGUCUAUGCAUUUUCAAACUCUGGUCUUGUUACAAUUACUGUCCCAGAUGGAACACAUAUGAUAUCAUUUUGUCCUAGUUCAUUCCGAAAUUGUCAGAUGUUGCAAACGCUGAACAUUCCAUCAACAAUCUUAGAAUUUGAAGAAAAUUGUUUGGAAUCAACAUCGAUAACCUCAUUCACUGUUCCACUAUCAACUACUUCGAUUGCAGACUAUGCAUUCAAAAAUUGUUCAUCGAUGACCAAAUUCACAAUUCCAGAAGGUUGUUCUCUUUCAUCACUAGGUAGCUUGAUAUUUGAUGGAUGUGAUUCCCUUAGUGUUAUUGAGUGUAUCUCUAAUAAUUACUUCGAAGUUGAUAAUGGUGCUCUUUACAAGAAAGGUCGAGAAACACUCUAUUUCUUCCCUCCUGCAUCACCAAUCAAAUUCUUCAACCUUCCUCAAAACUUGCGAAAAAUAUCAGCAAAUGCAUUCAUUAACUGCAAGAAUAUUGUAAGUAUUAGUAUUCCAGACCAAUCUGUCGAAACCAUCGGGUCUUAUGCAUUCUUGAACUGCGUUUCAUUGAGUUACAUCAAUAUUCCACUUUGUGUCAAAAAUAUUGAACCUCAUGCAUUCUUAGGUUGUGAUAAUCUUCGAUGUGGAAUCAAAAUUGAGAAUAAAAAUAAAACAUUUAUCAGAUCUCUUGUUGACACAUCUGAUCUCUUAUCAAGCUCACUAAAAGACUGUGCAUUCAUAUCUUGUAAUCAGAUCUUCUAUCAAAAUGGAUUUUCUCACUUUUCUUAUAUUUAUGUUUUUAUUCUUAUGUAA